AUGCGUAAAGGCAACAUAAGAAUAAAACAUGGGAAGAAGCAUCACCCUUGCUCCAAGCGGUGGAAACACCGUACUAAAUGUCGAAGACAAGGGAAGCAUCAUCAUCAUCAUCAUCAUCAUCAUCAUCAUGAUCAGGAUCAUGACGAUCGUCGCAAUCGAGAUCGCAACGAUUAUCGUAAUCGGAAUCGCGAUGGUCGUCAUAAUCAGGAUCGUCAGCCAGGCGAAAGACGUAAUGACAACAAUGAUAGUCAAGAAGAAUAUGAGACACGUCCAGAUCGUGCAAACCGAGACCGUGGAAAACCUUGGAAGAUUCAUGAGAGGACCAUAGAUGAUUGGUCUAUGCGACGCCGAAAGGAUCAUAGACGAACAACGGAAUUUAAAGAUGGCUAUCCUGAUUUAACAUCGAAAAGAAUCAUUCGUGAAGAUAUUGAACCUUAA